UUAUAAUAAUGAAUAGAGAAGUGAAAGUGGUAUUAUUAGGAGAUUCAGGUGUAGGCAAAAGUUCGAUAGUGUUGAGAUUCUGUUCGGAUAUAUUUAAAGUCACUCAUGAAUCAACUUUAGGAGCAGCUUUUAUGGCUAGAACUAUAGAAGUAAAUGGAAUUAAUUUUAAAUUCCAAAUUUGGGACACUGCUGGAUAAGAAAAAUACAAAUCACUUACUCCUUUGUAUUAUAGAGGUUUUAAAUAGUCAUCUAUUUUUAGAGGCUUAAGUAGCAUUGAUUGUUUAUGAUAUUACACAUAAAGAUUCCUUUGAUGUAUUGAAAUCAUGGGUUAAUGAAUUAAAAGCUCAUGGUCCAAAAAAAAUAUGUAUCUAAUCUUAAUUCAUUUUUAGUAUAAGUUCUAGUAGGCAAUAAGAAUGAUUUAAUUGAAGAUGAAAAAGUUUCUUAUGACGAAGCUAAUAACUAUGCUCAAGUAAUAUGUAUUAUUUCUAUUUAGUAAAUUGGAGCUUCUCUUAAACUCACCAGUUGUAAGGAAAAUAAAGGAAUCUAAGAAUUAUUUGUCUCUAUUGCUGAACAAAUUCUAUAUGAAGAAUAAAACAAAUUAGUUGAAGGUAAAAAAUCUGAUAAAUAAUCAUCCACUCCUACUGUCAAUUUCACUCUUGACGAACAAAAUAAAAAAAAGAAAAAAGAAGGAGGUUGUUGUUGA